AUGGAGAAGACAGCUCUGGUUUUAGUGGCUUUCUCACUGGCCGUGGCCAUGGCCAUGCCACUGGUCCACAGCACCAUUGGAGACCCCAAAGAGGUUGAUGAAUGGCUGCACAAGAUCCAGCAUGCAAAGCAGAAAAUGACCCGGUUCCACUUCUACUACCAUGACAUCCAAAACGUGAGCUCAAUGAAGGUGGCUCAGGCCUCUAUCACAGACAAAUCACCCACCUUUUUCGGCCUUACAAAUAUGAUGGAUGACCCUUUAACCGAAGGACCCGAACUCACAUCCAAGCAAGUGGGUCGGGCGCAGGGACUGUAUGGCUUAUCAGGGUUGAAUGAGUUCAGUCUUUUGAUCAUCAUGAACCUUGCCUUCACAAGUGGAGAGUAUAACCGCAGCACUCUAACCAUUCUGGGUCGGUACGAAUCGGCACAGCUUACGAUCCAAGAGAUGCCCAUAGUUGGUGGGAGUGGGGUUUUCCGACUGGCUCAUGGGAUUGCAUCAGGCAGGACGUAUUCCCGCAAUGCCACCAGCGGUAAUGCUGUUGUCGAGUUCAAUAUUGUGGCCAUUCAUUAUUGA